CCUCGUCUAUAGCCGGACAUUGGAGGAUCAUCUUGAGCACCUUCGGCGAGUGUUGGAGACGCUUCGCCUCGCCAAGUACAAAGUCAACCAUGACAAGUGCGAAUUUGUCGCAAGAGCUGGAAUCCUUGGGCCAUUUCGUCACAUCGGAGGGCAUCAGUCCGUUGUCGGACAUGAUUCAAGCCAUCCAAGAGUGGCCGGAGCCGCGGAACGUUACGGAUGUCCAUUUGUUCCUUGGCCUUGCCAGCUACUACCAACGUUUCAUCAAGGGAUACUCGAAGAUCGCGACUCACUUAACCAAGCUUCAAUGUGAGGAUCGGUCGUUCGACUUCGGAGAGGAUGCACGAGAAUCAUUUUUGGCCCUUAAAGAUGUGUUAUUAUCCACGGAGGUCUUGCGCAUAUACGACCCGCUAUUGCCAACUCGCGUCGCUACGGAUGCGUCCGGCUAUGGCAUUGGUGUCGUCCUCGAACAACACGAUGGUGUGGACUGGCACCCGGUCAAGUACUUCAGCAAGAAAGUGCCCAUCGUGCACUCCAUUGAUGAUGCAAGCAAGAAGGAGCUCCUAGCCUUCGUCCACGCGCUCAAGCGGUGGCGGCACUUCAUCCUUGGUCGAAGCCAAUUCCGAUGGGUAACGGACAACAAUCCAUUGGUCUUCUACAAGACCCAAGACACCGUCAAUAGCACCAUCGCCCGUUGGAUGACUUUCAUCUACCAAUUCGACUUCUUUCCCGAUCACAUUUCGGGGAAGUCUAACUGUUUUGCGGAUGCUCUUUCACGGCGUCCGGAUCAUUGUACCACAAUCUAUUCGACCUUCGAGAUCGACAACGACCUGUGGGACAGUUUCAUCCGUGGCUACCAAGCCGACCCCGAGUUUCGCGACAAGUGGGUGCAAGGUAUCGACCUCAAGUCUGGGUACCACCAGAUUGAAGUCGAUCCUGCUGACCAGCACAAGACUACGUUCAAGACACGCGAUGGGCUUUACGAACUCACCGUAAUGACCUUCGAUCUCACGAACGCACCGACCGCCUUCCAAAGUCUUAUGGACAAAGUCCUCCGUGAACAGAUUGACAUCAAAACUGGCCUGUCCUUGAAUUUGCAAAAUCCACGCAGGAUUACUCGAGUGCUAUACAGAUCAGCCCAGAGAAUAUUCGUCUCUUCAACAACAGAGGUUACUGCUCAGCCAAGCUGGGAAGGUAUGAAGAUGCAAUUGCAGACUAUGAUCAUGUUCUUUCGAUUGAGGACAAAAAUUCGCAUGCGCUCCAUAACAGGGGGAUUAGGUGAGCAAGAUAACUUCUAACUCUCCACUCUCCCGUUGAUGCACCUUACUUUCUCUUCCUCCUCCUCCUCCUGAUCUUCCUCCUGUUGCUCAUGCUGCCGCUGUUUCUUGAAGUUGCUCUCCUCCUCCCUAGAAGAAUACUAUGGAAGAGGGGGAUGCUGGACACAGUUUUCGUCGUUGUUGUUAUGUUCUUUUAGUAGGACACUGAAACAUACAGAAGGGUGGGCCAGAGGGGCCAGGAUUGUGCUAGAUAGUGCAAGUCGUGGUCCACAUGGGAAGCAAACAGGUUUUUCAUGCUACUGUCUUCCCCCAGAAAAGAAUAAAACACCUUGGAAUUG